UGCUCUCCAUCCUUCUCUCUGGGGCCUGGGAUGUAUCCAGCCUCCCUGUGAUGGUCCUUGUCCCUGGUCACCGUGUCGUUAGGUGGCGCUGGGAGGUUGGUAACGGGGAGCAGCGAGGGGGUGCAGGGGUGACCGGGCACCCCUGGGGCUGGAAGGGGGGACCCGGCUCUCCUGCUGCCCACAAGGCCCCGGCUGCUUGCCUGGGCUCGGAGCACACCGGGCGGCACUCCGGGGCUCCCGUUCACAUUCGGGUUCUGCUCUCUGGGCAGGAUUAACCCUGUGGUGUUUGCUCCAGGCACGUCCCCACCGUGGUGGUCCCAGGGGCGAGGGAGCAGCUUCGCUGGCAGCUUCCGCCUCGCCCUCCGCUCUCCGGAGCAGCCGAAGGAGCAGUUCCAAAGCUCACACGAGGUGGAAAGCGAUGCUGUGAGUGACACCCGUCUGGUGCUGGAAGGAGGCCUGAAAAGCUGAAAGUCGUCACUGCCAGCUCUUAACGUGGGCUUCCCUGCUCCAAUGAGUUAUGGCUCAGCUUAGCUUUAAUGAGACUGCACAAAGCUGGUGGAGCUCAGCAGCGAGGGACGGCCUCGAGACCGUCCACACAAGGCUACGCGGUUCCCUUCCCAAGCCAAGCUUUCCUUGGUGGCUUUUGUGCCCCUCCCAGAGGCAGGAGAUGGAGCAGAGCCCAUCAUGGUGUGGACUGGUAUCACAGUAAGUGCUCUCCAGUUGGGUCUUUACCACCUCUCACUGCUGUUUUGCACUGCUCUGCCUCAGUUUCCCCAUCUGCAGAGCUGUGCAGGCUCACUGCUCUGUUCUGGGGCUCCUGCCUUGCAUGUUCCAGGGAUGAAACAGGUCUGAGGCUUUCCAGGAGCUCCUGUUGAUGCCGUAUUUUGCAAUUACCCCUGGGAGACAAGCGCAGAGGCUCUGACUGGCUUUGCUAAUGGGCUGCUUGCUGAACUUGGCCUUUGCAAAUCAGCAGUCAGAGCCCAAGAGGUUUCCUGCACUCAGGAAUAAGCAAAAACCCAGCCUGUGUUGGGUCUUUGGCCCAGAAGGGCUGUGCUGCCCUUUAAAAACCAGCUCACGUGACCCAAAAAGUGGUUGAAAAAAGCUUUUUGGCAGUGUGGCCAACAGAGAGUUUCCCAGCCCCAUCCCUGGAGCUGGUGGGGCCGCAGAGGCCGUGUCCGGCUUCCCACCCUCCCGGCCCCUCACCGCAUGCAUCACUGAAUUGUGGCACCUGCUGCCGGGAGCCUGGAUGAGUCCGUCUGCGCUGGGGCUUUGCUGGAACAGAUGGCUCCGGAGAACGCUGACUUCAGCGCCUUGGCUGGGCGCAGGCAUCGCCCGGCGCGUGCCCGGCCCUCGCCGAUUGCUGUCCACGGCACGGCUUCCCGCGCCUCGCGUGCUCCGUUCUCCAUCCACAGCAGCUGAACGGGCUGGGGGUGAAGCGCCAGCCGCUGGGGUUGCUGCGCCCAGGGAGCCGCUUCCCUCCCGGCACAACAUCACCCCUUGGCCAAAAGCAUCCCAAGCGCGUCCUUGGCUCCAGCCCCACCACAGUUUCCACUCCAGGCCUUGGACACCCCUCCUUCCCAGGGCUCAGUGCUCCCCAAAGCAUUGCUCGCGGCUGGGGGGCUGCGGGGGUCCACGGUGCCUCGGCUCCGGGGGGCUGUUCAGGCAUCUUCAUGAGAUGGAGCAGACGUGGAGGUGGGGAUGUGCCGGGGGUUGUGUGGCCCUGGGAGCCAACGGCAGCGUGAGAAAAAGGGGACCUUCACCCCUGUUUGCUGCUUAAAUGGGGCCCGGAGGGAAGGGGUGAGGGGGUGCCCAGAGGGAGGAGCAGCUGCGCUCAGACCUGCUUCAAUUUUGACCCCAUUGCUGAGGAAGGGAGGUUGGCAGCCGAAAGGGCUUGGAUGGGUGUGGGAUUGGGAGGAGCGCAGGGCUGGAAUUGGGUGCAGGAUUGGGAUGGGUGUGGGACUGGGGCAGGUGCCGGUCUGGGGCUGAAUCUCUGGCCUGUCAGAGAUUCAGGCCAACGUCACUGCAAGACUUGGCUCUGGCAGAGGGACCUGUGGACAUGGUGCCGUUUGCCCUCUCCAACGUCGGAGGCCGUUAGCGGGAUGCAGGUGUCCGCGCAGGCUGUGCCACCCCCUGCCCUGUGGGGCUCGCGGUGCUGGUGCUGCACAGACCCAGGUCCUUUCCUUCCCAAAAUCCCCUUUAGGAUGCCCUCAGGCCAGGAACCUUCUGCGGAGUCUCUCCUGCCGGUGGGAGGCUGAGGGUGGGGGCUCGCCCUGCGGAACUGGAAAUGUUAAAGAUGCUGCCCGGGAUGGGACUGGGGUGUGGGUUCAUACUGGGAGCUGCUGGACUCCCAUUGACUCUGCAGAACUGGACGGUCCAGAACGGAGCAGGGUUGAGUUGGAUGCACCGUACCUCAACCUGGGAUGCGAGGUGCCUACAUGGAGCUCAAGGUGCUUCUUCACCACCAGUGUUGGCCGGGAUGGGAGGUGGCUGCACACCGGGAGCUGUUGGAGCACAGUGCUUUGCAUUUCUCAACCUGCUUUCCGAGCCUCCUGUGAGCAAAGACGGCGGCAAAAGGGACGCGGUGGUGGACAUGGGCAGAGCGCCGGCGCAUGCUCUGCUACUGUCGAUGGUGCUGGGCUGCUCGGCUGCAUUCACGGACCUCCUGCUGCCGGGCCCCGAGGAGCCGGUGGUCAACGUGGCCGUGGUGUUUGGUGGCACAUCCUACCCCCUGCACAUCCGCUCUCGCCUGAGCUCCCAGAGCUUCCUGGACAUGCCCUUGGAGAUCCACCCCAUCACUGUCAUCGUCAACAACACCAACCCCAGCACCCUCCUCACCCAGAUCUGCGGCAUCCUCGCCAGCCACAAGAUCCACGGCAUCGUCUUUGAGGACAACGUUGGCACGGAGGCUGUGGCCCAGAUCCUUGACUUCAUCUCCUCCCAGACCCAGGUCCCCAUCAUCAGCAUCAGCGGGGGCUCCGCUGUGGUCCUGACCCCGAAGGAGCCCGGCUCAGCUUUCCUGCAGUUGGGUGUCUCCAUCGAGCAGCAAAUCCAGGUGAUCUUCAAGGUGCUGGAGGAAUACGACUGGAGCUCCUUUGCCAUCAUCACCAGCCUCUACCCGGGCUACAACAUCUUCCUGGACGUCAUCCGCUCCUUCACGGACGCCAGCUACUUUGGCUGGGAGCUGCAGGAUGUGCUCACCUUUGAGAUGAGCCAGGAGAGGAGCAGCUCCAGGACGCAGCGGCUCCUGCGGCAGAUCGAUGCCCAAGUCCUCAUCGUCUACUGCUCGCGGGAGGAGGCCGAGUACCUCUUCACCAUGGCAGAGCAAGCCGGCCUCGUGGGGCCAGGCUACAUCUGGAUUGUGCCCAGCCUGACAGUAGGCAACAUGGAGGUGCCACCAACCUCCUUCCCUGUCGGCCUCAUCAGCGUGGUGACGGAGAGCUGGAAGCUAAGCCUGCGGCAGAAGGUGCGGGAUGGGGUGGCCAUCAUCGCCAUGGGGGCAGCCAGCUUCUUCCGGGCCCACGGAUACCUCCCGGAGGUGGGACGGGACUGCUGGACACCCACUGGGGCCACCACCAACAACACCAGCUUCUACCGGCACCUCCUCAACGUGACCUGGGAGCACAGGGACUUCUCCUUCAAUGAAGGUGGCUACCUGGUCAGGCCCACCAUGGUGGUGAUCUCCCUCAACCAGCACCGGCUCUGGGAGAUGGUGGGCAAGUGGGAGAAAGGCAUCAUCCACAUGAAGUACCCGGUAUGGCCGCGCUACGGCUCCUUCAUGCAGCCCGUGGCCGAUAACCGCCACCUGACUGUGGCCACGCUGGAGGAGAGACCCUUUGUCAUCGUGGAGAACACAGACCCCAGCACCGGGGUCUGCGUGCGCAACACCGUGCCGUGCCGCAAGCAAACCAACUCCUCCCAGAGUAGCGACGGCCUCGUGGAUCCCUACACCAAGCUGUGCUGCAAAGGCUUCUGCAUUGACAUCCUGAAGAAGCUGGCCAAGACAGUGAAGUUCUCCUACGACCUCUACUUAGUGACCAAUGGCAAACACGGCAAGAUCGUCCGUGGGGUCUGGAACGGCAUGAUUGGGGAGGUGUACUAUAAGCGUGCGGACAUGGCCAUCGGCUCCCUGACCAUCAAUGAGGAGCGCUCUGAGAUAGUGGACUUCUCCGUUCCCUUCGUGGAGACGGGCAUCAGUGUGAUGGUGGCACGGAGCAACGGCACCGUCUCCCCCUCUGCCUUCCUGGAGCCUUACAGCCCGGCCGUGUGGGUCAUGAUGUUCGUGAUGUGCCUCACCGUGGUGGCUGUCACCGUCUUCGUGUUCGAGUAUUUCAGCCCCGUUGGCUACAACCAGAACCUCACCAGCGGCAAGAGGCCAGGAGGUCCCUCCUUCACCAUCGGCAAGUCCGUGUGGCUGCUGUGGGCUCUGGUCUUCAACAACUCGGUGCCCAUUGAGAACCCCAAGGGCACCACCAGCAAGAUCAUGGUGCUCAUCUGGGCCUUCUUUGCCGUCAUCUUCCUCGCCAGCUACACCGCCAACCUGGCCGCCUUCAUGAUCCAGGAGCAGUACAUCGACACCGUGUCAGGGCUGAGCGACAGGAAGUUCCAGAAGCCGCAGGAGCAGUACCCCCCGUUCCGCUUUGGCACCGUCCCCAACGGCAGCACCGAGAGGAACAUCCGCAGCAACUACCCCGACAUGCACACCCACAUGGUGAAGUACAACCAGCGCUCCGUGGAGGAUGCCCUCACCAGCCUCAAAAUGGGGAAGCUGGACGCCUUCAUCUACGACGCAGCAGUGCUCAACUACAUGGCCGGCAAGGACGAGGGCUGCAAGCUGGUGACCAUCGGCAGCGGGAAGGUGUUCGCCACCACGGGCUACGGCAUCGCCCUGCAGAAGGACUCGCGCUGGAAACGGGCCAUCGACCUGGCCCUGCUUCAGUUCCUGGGAGACGGUGAGACCCAGAAGCUGGAGACGGUUUGGCUGUCAGGGAUCUGCCAGAACGAGAAGAACGAGGUGAUGAGCAGCAAGCUGGACAUCGACAACAUGGCCGGGGUUUUCUACAUGCUGCUGGUGGCCAUGGGGCUGAGCCUGCUGGUCUUCGCCUGGGAGCACCUCGUCUACUGGAAGCUGCGCCACUCUGUCCCCAAGUCCCACAAGCUUGACUUCCUCCUGGCCAUCAGCAGGGGCAUCUACAGCUGCUUCAGCGGGGUGCAGACCCUGGCGAGCCCCAGGCGGGCGCCCACGCCCGAUGUCACCGCCAGCUCGGCGCAAGCCAACGUGCUGAAGAUGCUGCAGGCGGCCAAGGACAUGGUGUCCACAGCCAGCGUGGGCGGCUCGCUGGAGCAGGCCACCCGCACCAUCGAGGACUGGAGCAACCACAGCGAGCGCCUCCAGACCACCUUCUCGCUGAGGACACCCCAACUCGUGGUGCAGAACAGCACCGGCGCACACCGGGCCCCCUCCGAGAGGCCAGGAAGAGCCUACGCUCCCAAGGGUGCUCCCCUGGGACCACCGCUGCCCCAGCCCAUCCCCAUGGACUCCCGUCUGCCCUGGGAGGAGAAGAGGAGAGGGGCGAACGAGCACAUCCCCCACCUCAUCCACCCCCUGAAGUUUCGUGGCGGCUGUGUGGGGGACGAAGCCCACCCUGGUUUUCCUCACCUCCUGGUGAAGGCGUCCCCGGGGGCAGAUUUGGGGGAGCAGGUGCUGGUGGGGAACCACAUCGGGGCUCCCCUCCCGCCCCCCGUGUCCCCCAGGGACCUCCCGCUGCCGGACAUCUACAGGGAGCACAAGCGGGCGGCGAGCCGGGGGGAGCAGCUGCAGGACCCCCCUCUGGCCCAGGGGGAUGGGGGACAUGGGGGCUCGGGGACGCUGCCCCGGCUGCUCUCCACGGAGGAGAAGAGGUGGGAGGUGGGCAGCCCCUUUCUGCCUCCGUCCUGCUCUCGCGGAGCCUUCCCUAAAGCCACCAGGACUUGCAGAGCCGGAGGCGAGUUGGCCAGACCCGAGGUUGCCAGGAUGGAGCGGGAGAAGCCGAGCCGGUGGGCGAGCUCGGCCAGGGCAGCGGGCGAGCGGGGCGAGAAGCAGAGUCACGGGGGGCUGCGACGCUGCGGGGCUGCUCGCACCGACGUGCCCGACCUCUUCCCCGAAGCCGAGGCCGGCUACGGCUGCGGUCCCCGCUGCGCCCAGGCCAGCGGCCGCCUGGCACCGCGCUCGCCUGUGGCCAGGCUGCCGUCGUACCGCGAGGCCUGCCGGCAACACCCGCGUGCCACCGCCACCGCGCCGGCGUGCACGGCGCACGCCUGCAUGAACUCCUACGCCAACCUGCCCCUCCAGCCGGGGCGCCUCCCGCGGGGGUCCCUGCCGCCCCACGAGCGCCGCGUGGUGCCGGGGGGCUGCCGGGGGGCUGUGCGCUGGGACAGGGACUGCGGGCGGCGCGGGGAGCCGGCCGUGCUGCGGGUGGUGGGGAUGGAGCGCAGGGACCCGCCGGUGGCCCGCGGGGCAGCCAGUCCCUGCGCCGGCGGCUCCUGGCGGCGCGUGUCCAGCCUGGAGUCGGAGGUGUGAGUGAGGGGCACAGGGUGGCCCCACGGGCCGGACAGUGGCUCCUGGCCGGGCUCCAGGGGGUCCCGCCCCGGUGGUGUUGGGGUGCUCCGAGCGGCUCGGCGGGUCCCGUGCCGGGGACAGAGGAGCUGGGCAGGGGCUCCCCGCAGGCCGGGCUGGCGUCAGGGACACCAAACUCAUCGCCGCCGUGUUGCUGUCAUGGUUUGGUUUCAUCCAAGGCACUCAAAGCACCAUGUCCAGGUCAUUAAAAAGACAUUUCCAACUGGCUGGAGCCCCCUUCUUCUGUCCUCCAGCAGAGCUUCACAGGGAUGCUCGUGGUCCUGUGACCCCAUCCCUGCGUCCCAUUGCAGCUCCGGCACAGGCUCGUGUGCCGGCAGCAGCCAGGCUGAGGAAAAGGGCACCUCGUUAAACCGCGCUGAGGGAUAAUUACGCAGGAGCCUUCAAGGCUGGAGGUGAGCACUGAAGCUGGAGUUACUGCUCCCUGCUGGGUUUUGGGGCGCUCGGGUCACUGGGAUACUCCCGGGAGCUGUGG